CAAAGCAAAGCAGAGCAGCCUCCAGCAGCCUCGCCUUCAGUCCAAGAAUCAGGAAGUGCCUCCAACAAGAAGAGCUGCAGUAAGACUGCCGUCAGGAUGACAGUUGCAAUUUUUGCAAACUGUGCCUUCUUCCUGAGAGUGAAAAAACUCACCAUUCAGGGAAAGAACAGACUGAAGAACUGCAUUCGAGAAAACGAUGGGCAAGUCAAAUUUGUGUUAAACCAGGAGUGCACUCAUGUUGUCACUGAUGAUGCCGAUGCACUCAGCUCAACCCAUUUGAAGGCCAUCCAGAAGUAUCAGUUGCCUGUUGUCGAUCCUGAUUUCAUAUGGAACUCAGUCAAGGAAAGAAGCCUUUUACAGACUGAUAACUAUCAGCCACAAAAGAUACUGAUGCAUAAUACUGGUGUGAAGCAGAGCUUAGAUCAUGGAGACAACUAUCAGGAGAGAAAGGAUGCUACUGUGAAGAAUGGCAAGAAUGAGUCCUGUGACAGUGAUAGCAUGGAUGGACUAAGAUGCUUUUCAAAUAAUGAUGAAAAUAUUCCUUAUUUUUCUGAAGAUUUUGAGAUUGCAAAAUAUGACAUCCUUGAAAAGGUCACAGCACAUGGCGAAUAUGUCAUCAUUGAACUUCAGUGCUUUCAACAACAAUGUGAUUACCCCUUCCGCAUAUAUAUACACUACAGUGUUCGGGAUGGGAAGCAGCUCCAAACACAAAGUAUGCCAGCGAAAACAUCUGAAAAAGCUAGAAGAAUCUAUGUGCUUUGCAUUGAAGAUCUGAAGAAGGAGGGUUUUCAGUUAAGGAAAGACUUUCCAAGUGAAGCAGAAUACUUGGCUUCAGGAAAAUUACAAGAGUCUAAAGACCUCAAAUGUGAUGCUUCCUCCUGUGGUUCAGAUAAUUCAUGGCCAAUGAAGCUAAAAUGGUGGUUGCUGUGCUAG